UUAGCACCUCGGCUAGCCGCUGCGACGCCGCUGCCUUUCACAGCUCCGGUCCGUCGCAUCGGGGACAUUCGACCCUUUCGACUCUCCCCCGGCCGAUAUAAUCUGUUUUUUAGUGUUGGUAACUCGACGUCGGUCAUUUAUCAUGAUAGAAAUCCAUCGAACGGCUCGUUGAGUUUUAGGUUUUAUCGUUGAUAUUCCGACCGGUUUGGCGGGUGAACAAUACGACGAGCUAACGGCUAACAAAAAGCUAGCUUUCAGGCGCAGGCGCAGUUUGUUUUUUCACGGGAGCUAACACAGCUAGCUCAGCUAGCCACCGCCGCGGCUGUCAUGGAGGACAAAUCCUUUACUAAAGAGUUGGACCAAUGGAUCGAACAGCUAAACGAGUGUAAGCAGCUAUCGGAGAACCAGGUCCGGACGCUCUGCGAGAAGGCCAAGGAGAUUCUGACCAAGGAGUCCAACGUUCAGGAGGUUCGAUGCCCGGUGACGGUGUGCGGCGACGUCCACGGUCAGUUCCACGACCUCAUGGAGCUCUUCAAGAUCGGAGGGAAGUCUCCCGACACCAACUACCUGUUCAUGGGCGACUACGUGGACCGAGGGUACUACUCGGUGGAGACGGUCACGCUGCUGGUCACGCUAAAGGUCCGUUUCCAGGAGCGGAUCACCAUCCUGAGGGGGAACCACGAGUCGCGGCAGAUCACGCAGGUCUACGGCUUCUACGACGAGUGCCUGAGGAAGUACGGCAACGCCAACGUGUGGAAGUACUUCACCGACCUGUUUGACUACCUGCCCCUCACUGCGCUGGUGGACGGACAGAUCUUCUGUCUCCACGGAGGUCUGUCUCCCUCCAUAGACACUCUGGAUCACAUACGAGCUCUGGACCGCCUGCAGGAGGUCCCACAUGAGGGUCCCAUGUGUGACCUGCUGUGGUCCGACCCCGAUGACCGCGGUGGGUGGGGCAUCUCCCCCCGAGGUGCAGGCUACACCUUCGGACAGGACAUCUCCGAAACCUUCAACCACGCCAACGGCCUCACCCUGGUGUCCCGCGCCCAUCAGCUGGUCAUGGAGGGCUACAACUGGGGCCACGAUAAGAACGUGGUGACCAUCUUCAGUGCUCCCAACUACUGCUACCGCUGUGGAAACCAGGCGGCCAUCAUGGAACUGGACGACACUCUGAAAUACUCUUUCCUUCAGUUUGACCCCGCCCCUCGCCGUGGCGAGCCCCACGUGACCAGACGUACUCCCGACUACUUCCUGUGAAUGUCCAAAGCCGUCCCUGUCAAUCAUCCACGAAGCUCCGCCCCUUCCCACUCAUUUUGGAUGGAAGAAGAUAUUAAUAAUAAUAUUACUGUACCAGGGAGAAUAGAAACAAACGAUUGGCUGAUCCAAGAUUUUAAUGAAAAGAGAGAAACCUAAUGAGCGCCCCCCCCCCCCCCCCCCCUCUAGACCUGUUUUCAAUACGCUGUCAUUAAUGCUGUGCUUCUGGGGAAAAACAACUGAUCUGUUUUCUUUUUUUGUUUUUGUUUAUUACAUGUUUGAAAACGAGAUAAUAAAACUACCAACGUGGACCAAAUGUGCCAUAUUCUGAUCCUUUACAACAUGUACCACGCGCGCUACCUUUCUUUAUGUUUAGACCGUAACUCUGACAACGACGAUGUCACCGACACAACACUCUUCUACUUCUUCUUCUUCAUGGCAUAUGUGCUUUUUUUCUGUUGCAAGAAUUAAUUUUAAACAAAAAAAGAGGAGAAAAAAACGCGUAAAAACAAAAGCUUGCUUCAAGUAAUCGAGCUUGAGCCGCUCCUCAUCUCAGCAAGUAUAUUACUGUAAUUUGAAUAAAGACAACAGACGUAUGAAAUAAAAAUGUCCUAUUGACAAACAUC